AUGCUGGCAAAUAUGUCGGAUCGUGAUUUAUCGGAACUCAAUGAAUGCCCAUUGGAUCCCGGCGGCUAUUUUGUUAUUAAUGGAUCCGAAAAGGUUUUAAUUGCUCAAGAAAAGAUGGCAACAAACACAGUUUAUGUGUUUGCGAUGAAGGAUGGAAAGUAUACGUACAAAACAGAAUGCCGUUCUUGUCUUGAGAAUUCCAGUCGUCCAACGUCGACGCUCUGGGUGAAUAUGCUACCCCGCGGCGGCGGUAGCAACAAGAAAUCUGCAAUGGGCCCAAAAAUUAUUGCAAUUUUACCGUACAUUAAGCAGGAAAUUCCAGUAAUGAUUGUGUUCCGUGCGCUGGGAUUUGAGCAAAAUGUUGCACUGAAUUUUAUUGGCGCACGUGGCGCAAAGCCUGGCGUAACAAAAGAGCAGCGUAUCAAGUAUGCCAAGGAAAUACUGCAAAAAGAAAUGCUCCCUCAUGUUGGCAUCUCGGACUUUUGCGAGACGAAGAAAGCGUACUUCCUUGGCUAUAUGGUUCACAGACUGCUACUGGCAGCACUUGGACGCCGGGAGUUGGACGACCGUGAUCACAUGGGCAACAAACGACUAGAUCUGGCUGGACCGUUGUUGGCCUUCUUAUUUCGAGCGCUUUUUAGGAAUUUGUUGAAAGAGGUUCGUUUGACAGCGCAGAAAUACAUCAACAAAAAUGGCGACUUCAUGCUCGAUUUAUGCGUGUUGAAUCGUCUGACAUACACAGCGACACUUUCACAUCUGCGCCGUUGCAAUUCGCCGAUUGGCCGCGAAGGAAAAUUGGCGAAACCACGGCAACUUCACAACACACAGUGGGGUAUGGUUUGUCCGGCCGAGACUCCUGAAGGCCAAGCUGUGGGUUUGGUGAAGAAUUUGGCGUUAAUGGCUUAUAUAUCAGUUGGCAGUUUGCCGGAACCGAUUCUCGAAUUCUUAGAAGAAUGGUCGAUGGAGAAUCUAGAAGAGGUAGCACCGUCAGCAAUAGCCGAAGCGACAAAGAUCUUUGUGAACGGUGCAUGGGUGGGCAUACAUCGCGAUCCGGAGCAGCUGAUGACUACACUGAAGAAACUGCGACGAGAAAUGGAUAUUAUCGUUUCGGAAGUGUCGAUGGUACGGGACAUUCGUGAUCGGGAAAUUCGAAUCUUCACGGAUGCGGGACGAGUUUGCCGCCCUUUGCUGAUUGUCGAAAAUCAGAAGCUUGCACUGAAAAAGAAACACAUUGACCAAUUGAAGGAUAACAGUUAUUCGUGGUCCGAACUGGUCGCCGGUGGUGUUGUUGAACUGAUCGAUGCCAUGGAGGAAGAAACAAUAAUGCUUGCAAUGAUGCCGGAAGAUUUGAAAGCAGGCGGCUAUUGUGAUACUUAUACACACUGUGAAAUACAUCCAGCAAUGAUUUUGGGUGUAUGCGCUUCCAUCAUACCUUUCCCGGAUCAUAAUCAGAGUCCAAGAAACACCUAUCAGAGUGCUAUGGGUAAGCAAGCGAUGGGUGUUUACACGACAAAUUAUCAUGUUCGAAUGGAUACACUUGCACACGUAUUGUAUUAUCCGCAAAAACCUCUUGUCACAACGCCCGGAAUUAAUGCCAUUGUUGCUAUUCUGUCUUACACUGGUUAUAAUCAAGAAGAUUCAAUUAUAAUGAAUCAAUCCGGAAUUGAUAGAGGCCUGUUCAGAUCGGUCUUUUAUCGUUCAUAUCGUGAUCAGGAAGCAAAUCUGGAUAAUCCUAACGAGGAAUUGAUUGAAAAACCAACAAGGGACAAAUGCUCUGGUAUGCGUCAUUCAUUGUAUGAUAAACUGGAAGAUGAUGGCAUAAUUUCGCCUGGAAUGCGCGUUUCGGGCGAUGAUGUGAUUAUUGGGAAAACCAUCUCGUUACCGGAUGAUGAAGAUGAUUUGGACGCUACAGUUAAAAGAUAUACGAAAAAAGAUGCGAGUACAUUUUUGCGAAGCAGUGAAACGGGUAUUGUCGAUCAGGUUAUGCUAACUUUGAAUACUGAUGGCAACAAGUUUGUGAAAAUUCGUGUGCGAUCGGUACGCUUACCGCAAAUUGGCGAUAAGUUUGCGUCCAGGCACGGCCAGAAAGGCACAAUGGGAAUGAUGUAUCGGCAGGAAGAUAUGCCAUUUACGAAUGAAGGAAUUACCCCGGACAUUAUAAUCAAUCCUCAUGCAGUGCCAUCGCGUAUGACAAUUGGACAUUUAAUUGAAUGUUUGCAAGGAAAGUUGUCAGCGAAUAAGGGUGAAAUUGGUGAUGCAACACCUUUCAAUGACACUGUUAAUGUCCAAAAAAUUAGUAAUUUGUUGCAAGAGUAUGGUUAUCAUUUACGUGGCAAUGAAAUCAUGUACAAUGGACAUACGGGCCGCAAGCUAACAACACAGGUAUUUUUGGGGCCAACGUAUUAUCAGCGGCUGAAGCAUAUGGUGGAUGAUAAAAUUCAUUCAAGAGCUCGCGGACCAGUGCAGAUGAUGAACAGACAGCCAAUGGAAGGCAGAGCCAGGUACUCCUUUUGUCUCGGAUUCUGGCCAUGUGCUUUAUGAGA